UGCUGGGAUUGUCCAAAAGAUACUCAAUGACACUAUAGAGAUCAACCACCAGCGGUCUCCAGCUGAGUCUGUCUCCCGCGCAUCAGUGUCCUCCGUGCAAAAUGUGCAGGAAUCGGGUAGUGGGAGACCUGUACCAGAUUCUCCUUUUGUUCCAACUGUCACGUCGCAGAUGUCCACAGCAGACACGCAGCCGAUGGUCCAUCCUACCGUCAACACAGUCUCCCCAGCAUCAGGCGCUGCAAGGCACAGAAGAUCACGGUGCCUUUCCCCAUCGUCCUCUUCGGAAAGCGACAGCCGUGAAAAAUCAUCCCGCAGGAAAAGACAAAAAGACAAACUCUCCCCAGAGGAGGAGGAGAAGAGGAUGCUUAGGAGAGAAAGAAAUAAAAUUGCUGCAGCCAAGUGUCGCAACAGAAGAAGAGAGCUCACGGACAGACUACAAGAUGAAACGGACCAGCUUGAGGAGGAGAAAACCACUCUGCAAGCUGAGAUAGAUAAUCUCAUGAGAGAGAAAGCACAGCUUGAAAUGGUCCUAUCAGCCCACGAGCCCACCUGCAAGAUCGCAAAGGUUGAGGAAGAGGUGCAGCAGAGUCCGCAUAGCUCCAAUCAGCACCUGUCCCCAGUUCUUGACCCCAGAAAGGCUCCUGAGAUGCUGCCAUCCCUCCAGGACCUGGAAAUGCAUGCAGGCGGCAUCUCGUCGACCGCCGCGAUCUUGGGCAACUCUAACAUCUUGCUAUGCUCCAGUGCCGUGGAGGCCACAUCCGAGUUAGAGGCCUUCCUGGGGGUAAAGGAAGAGUCCUCGCGGGAUAUCGCCGUGGAGUCCGAGAGCAGCAGCGGAUAUGAUGUGGCCCCUGCUGUCCCCGACAUCGACCUCACCAAUUCCCUCGGCAUCUCCGACUGGGAAACACUCUACAAGUCCAUGGCAGACAACUUGGAGAUCCUCAACAGCCCUACUGUGAUCUCCAGCCCGACGUGUGGCAGUAGCCUUCAUGGGUUUGAGUUCAACUACCCAGAUUUUGACAGUUUGGCAGAUGACUGUGAAUGUGGCGGUCAAACAAAAGGCCGAUCGGAUGUGGUUAAAGAUAUUCUGAACUCCCCCACGCUUUUGGCUCUGUAGAAAUUCAGAGUCUGCAGGGAAGUUUCAGGUAGACCAUGGGAAACAAGUGUGGGGGGG